AGUUAUGGUAUAAAAUAAAGGAAAAUUAGUUGGGGUAAAAGAAAUCUGCCGAUUGUCCACAAAUACAAUCGAUAUUUUUAUCGGCUUGCCGAUAUGUCAAUCGAUUUAUGGACACAAUACGGUAAAGUUGACAAUUCGAUUGCAACAAAUAAUAUAAACAAAACUAUGGCAGAUUUAGUGCGUGGCGAAGCGUCUGAAUCGGAUGAGGAGCAGGAGAAACAGAAGAUAUACGCAGCAGAAGUUUCUGGCGAGGCAACCGAGGAAGAAGACGAAGACAUCUACGAGCAGCCAAGCAGCGCCAGUGCAACCGCCUCAAUAUAUCGCAAUAAUCUGCUGCAACGCAAACUGAUCGAGAAUAACAUUGAGAUUUGGAAAGCACUUACUCUCUUCACGCGCAACUUUGUGGUGAACGCCUCGAAGCAGCUGCUAACCGCAGAUCAAAUGCUCAUCAAAUCCCAGGUCUCCUUGCAAUCAGCUCACACCGCGCUGCAGCAGGCACAAAAAAAUACCGCACAGCUUCAGAUCCGCGUUGCGUCGGCGUUAACGAGCAGCUUUUUGCCCGUUAUCCAUCUAAAGGAGGCAAGGAACUAAGGCAGUAUUGCAAACGCAUACGUUUGUACAGCCUUUUAUUAAUAAACGAACAAACUAGGCUAA